AGAGAGAGAGAGGGGGGUAGGGAGACAGAGAGGGAGAGAGCUGCCCGCGGGUAGACUCAGCCUGGUUGUGGCUCCACUACUCUUUAGUCGGCUGCUCUUAGACUUGCAUUGGGUUUCCCGGCCGUGUGCCUUUAAAGACGGCAGGACACCGCGCGGAAGUUGAAGCAUUUAACAGAAGGGAAAGUAGAAAACCAUAUUAAUUUGUUAAUUAUUAAUAACGAAACGGUGACAGGUUCGAACUUGACCUUUCACGGAGUAACUUCUGACAAUCGACGACAACUUUUUAAACUCCGAGUGAAAAGUCAGUGCGCCUCGUCUCCCUUCUUCUCAGCACCUUGAAGGGUAAAACAUGGGUUCAGCUGACGCAGCAGAGAGUAACUCUGCGUCAGGGCACAGCACUGCAGAGGAUGAUAGCUUUGAGUACAGGGUACUGAUGGCCUAUGCAAAAAGGACCUUGUCGGUGGAUAAACUAACGCCGCCCAAGACUGGCGACAGACGGACAGAGCCGCCGUCAGGUGGAAGGAGGAGCGAGGGACCACUGCCUCAGCGGGAGUCCGCUACACACCACUCUAAGGGCAGCACCAAGCACCGUGCUCACCGGCGGAGGUUCAAGUGGAAGAGGGUGAUUCCGAGGUGUUUGCGCGCGCAGGCAUCGAGUGACCGGGAACCGGAGGUUGGAAUGGGUGAUGUCGAUGAUGUGGCACGGAGCUGCUCGCUUGAAAUCAUUGUCCCUGAAGAAGAAUGUGUUUCAGAAACCGUCGCACAGGAGGUUGCCAAAAUGUUGCAGGAUGUCAUGAGCACAAAGGUUUCUUUUAGGAUGUUGCAUUCUACCAGUGUAGAAGUAGAUGGGCCAGAUUUUACAGAUGAUCAAAAAGCUAUAGACCGUAUCGUUGAGUUCUUGACUACCAAAGGAGAUUCGAUUGACGAAGAAAUCAAGAAGGACCCUCAGUUUGGCAAACUAUUUGGUGAGAAGCCUUCAUUCUCGUUUUUCAAGAAGAUAAUGGAUUAUGUCCAGCAGACGGCCUUGCCUGCAGAUGCUGAGAGCGAGGGAAAGGGAAAGGCCACGUUGAAACAGUUUGCCUUUAUUGUACAUGCAACAACCAAGUUUGCUGUCUCUGCCAACUUCCCAAUGGCUCGAGUCAUGGGCUACGGAGAAGUCUAUUUACGGGAAAAACUUCUCCACGUGGGUCAAGGAAGAGGGAGGAUGGGACAAGAUAAUGGAAGAGCAAUAUGUUGACUAACAACCAGGUUCCCCAACGUGAAAGCUUUUGGAACGAGUGGACACUGCUGCCUGCACCUCCACAGACAUGUUUCAUGCAACAGUGACUGGUGAUGUGAAGCAGGAGAUCAGGAUGUAGAGAUUGUUACUGUGAGCAUUGAGUCUUGUGACUACUUCAUCUCUGGUGCACCAACUGGAACCACAAUAAGCUGCCUUUAUAAUCCAAUGUAACUUCACAAGGGCAAUGUGCUGUGGGAACACACACACGUGUACUGAGGCUAUCUUGUUGGAUGAGGUACCCCGCCCCCCCUCCUGU